CUUUUCAUACAACCUCUUGAUUAUGCAGCACUGUUUACAGAAGCACUGUUUAUUCUAGUUGAACAAAAUCAAUGUUGGAUAUUACUGUGAGCAGUACAGUGUGGGGUUUGAGACAUUUAGCAUGAAGUAGACUGUUUUCAUCUCAAAGCUACUCGUGUGCUGAACUCUUGCUACUAUUAAAUCAGGACUGGGCCAUGAGGGGGAAGUAUGUCAUGAAAAGUGCCUUUGCUGAAGUCUGUGUUACUUGGAACUGCUUGUAGGUCGGUCUGCUCUCGUGAGCCUUGCUUGCUGCCAAUUAGACAAAUGUCUUGCCUAACGUGCAACUGAAAACCGAAAUCUCUGCUGCAUCUGUGGCUGCUGUUUUAUCUUAAACUGAACACUACAUAAAAAAUCUGGAACAACAAUCUACUGCAGGAAGAACUAACCAACAUAUGGAGAGCUUACGCUGAAUACAGUAAAAUCAAUAACAAAGUGAAUCAAGCACGAUUCAUAUUCAAUCAACUGAUGUGAUUGCGUCAAAACAACUUUUAAUUAAAAGCAAUAAAGUGAACGUGUCAGCAGAAAUACAUAUUCAACUAUCAUAUCGACAAAAAGAAAAAAGGGUUAAAUCUCCUCAAACGGAAGGCCGCAGCUCAACCAGUGACCGAUCGACUACUUGCUGACUUGACUGUUUUGAUGUUGACUAAUUCAUGGCAAACCAAUUUUCGAGCAGCGUUUUAUGAAGUGAUUUUUUUGUUCAUGAACAUUCAGAAGUAUUUUAUAUAUUGAAAAAAAUAUCUUUUUGUUUUUAAUUCUUUUGGCUGCUGCAUUUCCCUCAGAACACUGAUAUUAAGCUGUUCUAAAACACGCUAAAACACUUCGAUUUAUUAUGGCUGUAAAUGUUACUCCAGUACGUGAUACAAAAUGGCUGACAUUAGAAGUGUGCAGACAGUUUCAGAGAGGGACAUGUUCACGUUCAGACCAGGAAUGCAAGUUUGCACAUCCACCAAAAAGCUGUCAAGUUGAAAACGGACGAGUUAUUGCAUGCUUUGAUUCUCUCAAGGGUCGAUGCACAAGAGAGAACUGCAAGUACCUUCAUCCACCAAUGCAUUUAAAAACGCAGUUAGAAAUUAAUGGACGUAACAAUCUCAUACAACAGAAAACAACUGCAGCUAUGCUAGCACAGCAGAUGCAAUUCAUGAUGCCAGGUGCACAGAUUCAACCAGUUGCCACAUUUCCAAUGAAUCAUGGCGCAGGAUUAAAUAAUCAUGCUUUUAGUUUUAGCCCUUUCCUGGCACCCAUGCCUCACAAUGUCGGAUUAGUUCCAACAGAAAUGCUCUCUAAUCCCCCUGUCCUUGUCCCUGGAAGCCCACCUAUGUCAGUUGCAGGACCAGGAAAUGUGCAGAAGCACAUGAGAACAGACCGAUUAGAGGUGUGCAGGGAGUUUCAACGAGGGAACUGCACUCGGGGUGAGACUGACUGCCGUUUUGCUCACCCUGCAGACAGCACAAUGGUGGAAACCAAUGACAACACCGUAACUGUCUGCAUGGAUUAUAUCAAAGGUCGAUGCUCAAGAGAGAAGUGCAAAUACUUCCAUCCCCCUGCGCACUUACAAGCCAAAAUAAAGGCAGCUCAGCAUCAGGCCAACCAGGCUGUGGCAGUAGCUCAGGCAGCUGCUGCAGCAGCAACUGCAAUGACUCAGUCGGCUGCCAAAUCUGUGAAACGACCCCUCGAGGCAACCUUUGACCUGGCCUUCCCACCUGGUGUUCUUCACCAUUUACCAAAGAGACCAGCCCUUGAAAAAAGCAAUGGCACCAGCACAAUCUUUAGUCCGAGUGUUUUGCACUACCAACAGGCUCUAGCCAAUGCACAUAUGCAGCAGCAAACGUUUUUUCCAGGGUCGGUGUUUUGCAUGACUCCUCCAGCUACAACUGUUGUACCCUUGAUGCACAGUGCUUCGCCCGCCACUGUCUCUGCAGCAACAACAUCUGCCACAAGCGUUCCUUUCGCCACAGCAGCUAUAGCCAAUCAGAUGGCAGCUGGGGUCAGGAUAGAACCCAAAUCCUUGGAGCUGCGAGGCAGCAGCUCUGACUGUGCACACCAUGCCGCCCAUCUUUUAAAUGCAUCUGUGCUGUUCAUCUAAACUAUCAUGCUGAAAUAGUGAACCCGAAGCUAUUGAAUUCCCAGGACAUCUCUAUGGAAACUCACGAACAAGCUUACUGUAAAUACUAUCCUCUUCACUCCCCACCUGCAUCAAUAUUGGGCUUACCACAGCCAGCAUGCUAACUAAAUCAAGAUGCAUUCUAUUUAGAUUAAGCAACAAUACAAGAUCUUGAUUGGAAAUGCAUUGUCAAAUAUAAGGAUAUAGAUGAUUUCAGGCACAUAUGUAACAUUCGUAUAUCCUGUAAAUAACUCUAGCACUUAAGAUAAAUAUUACAAUCUAGGCAAUGGAAAUCUACUUUCUGAUGUCUCAUUUUGUGGAGAUGUUAAGCCAUUACAUUCUGUAAAGAGUGUGAUGUGGUUAUAUUAUUAAUAAUGUGUUGUCUGAUAUCAUGGUAUACAAAAACAGCACCUGCUGAGUUGGAAGAAUCCCCACGGACAUAUAUACAAUAGACAGUACCUAAAAAAACUUUGAAAUAUACAGUGCAAAUUAAAGUAGGCUUUUAAAUCUUUUAACAGCCUAAUUAAUCACUGGGAAAAAAAUAACAUUUAAUCAAUAGUGAUCAGUUUUAUGUUUAAAAAAAAAAGAUUAAGAAAACUAAAUCUUAAAUAGGUGGGAAUUAUGAAAUAACUCCAGGGUUCUUAUUGAUAUUAAUCUGAAAUAUUGCACAGGCAUAAUGACUUGCCAAAGUUUACCGAAUAUUGAUUGCUAAUGCUCCUGAUGUCUUGUUUAGACGAUAAGAGCAAAUCAUGAAAGGACGUUUUUCCAGUGCAUUGAAGUCAUUUGUGGAUAUGUAGGUCCUAAGAGAAGUUGAGAGGUUGGUUGAAUUUACUGAGGCAGCUUGUUUCAAAGUUUGAUGAAUCAUGUCAAAGGUUAAAGUGAAGUUCCCACUGCCAAUUCUGAAAAUGUCAGUAGAGUUUGCACAGUGGAAUUUCAGUGAGUGUAGCUGGCUACAAAAGCACUAGAUUGUUUGCAGUAGAUCGGUUUCACUGCAACAAAAAUAAUUUUGCCCACUAUAUUUCUGCGUUACCAAAGAUUCUUCCAACUCCAAAAGAUGCACCGUAUUAUAAAGUCACUUAUAAUCUAGUACAUGAUUUAUGUAACAGUGCCUAAAAUAAAGAGGGUGGGACAAUUAUUCACAAAUAUGUACAAAAUGUAAGUUUUAUCAAAAUUGCAUUUUAUUUUCUCUCAUGUUAGCAAAGGAAACUGAAUUAGCUGGCACAAUUUGACAAAAAUGUCGAUGUAAUACAUAAUGAGAAGAAUUAAUUUUUUUUUAAAUAAUUAUUCUUUUUCUAAGAAAAGGCUCUUCCCAAAUGCACCCUAAUCUCUCACUAAUAUCGUUUUACUGUCAAUGAAACAAGAAUGAGGGCAGGUGAUUAUUUUUUCCUUUAAGCCAAAUUGAAUCCUUAAGCUGUAAAUUUUACCAAAUUUAUUACCUUCAUUCUGCAAGUCACAAUAUAAUUGUGACUCUAAUAUGACGUUUGGAAGAAAUGCUGAUGAUAAGAAAACACUGUUCAACAAAAUUAUGUUACAUUGUCUAAAAAAAACACGAUGUACAUUAAGGCUGGCUCAGUCCCGUGGUAUAACUUUGAAUUCUACAAUUUGAUUUUAAUACUGGUGAAUCAAUCUGCCACUGCAUAUGUUAAUCAGAACAUAGUAAACACAAAAACCUAUAACUUGGCAAUUUUCUUUUUUUUAAUUAUAGUUUAUAUUUAAAGAAAACUUUUUUUAAGUCUUAGAAGAUCAUAGAUAAGUUCCUCCAUUGUAAUGAUUAGAAAUUAGUUAAGUUUGAUCAGGAUCUUUAUUGUGUUGAAAAUAUAUAUUCCUUUUUCAUAAUAGGUUUACCUUUUUACAAGAUUGGUUUUAUGAUAUGAAAUGUUAAUGGUUUUAUAGUAGAAUUGAUACUAAAGAUAACAUGUAAUGAUUUUGUUUUCUUUAACCUUUUAUUGAGGAUGAAUAGUAGUUAUAACCUUUUUUUUAAAAUCCUGCUCUUAUAUUAUACAUGUGAAGUUCAGUCCAUUACAAAUCAACUUGGCCUGCAUUUUACAACGGUAAAACACACUGUUGACAAAUAGGAAACUAUAUCAUAAUGGGACGUUCAGAAGUCCAGUGCAGGUUUUCAGUGGUCUUAGUACAAUGAUAAUGUCAUAACUUUUAUGUGCUUGUUUUUUAAAACCACAUUUAUUCUCAAUAACCAUCAAAUUAUUUUUCUGUCUUUGUGUAGAAAGACAGUUUUCUUCAGAUUUCUGAUGCAAUAGUGAUAUUUUUUGUUAUGAAAUAGUGCACUUAGCUUAAGAACUUGUUGCACUACAAUAAGAUGGCAUGGCUUCUGGCCGCAGCACUUAGUCAGCGCACUUAGUUUUCUGAGGGCUCAGACUCAAACUCAUAACAACAUUUAUUGGCUAAUUAGUACUUUAACAUACAUAAGUUGAUCUUUAACAUGAAAUAAUUAUGUCAUAAUAAUGGCAGGAUACAUGUGUACUUACAUAGAUCUGUGUAUUUUUUUUAAAUGUUAAGGAUAGAUAAGGUCUUUAUACUUCAGUUUUUCCAACUGAUAAAGUGAACCAUUUGACCUGCAGAUAUUGGCUCUUCGCCAUCUGUGUACUGUCAGAUGGUAUAAAAUUGAUACUGUUUGAAUAUUUUUGGAAUUCGCACCCAAGGAACGCAUUGGUUUGUGUUUUUCAAAGGGUUUGUUGUUUUCAAAAGUGUUGUGACUAUCUCAGAGUUGACAUGCAGCUGAAAUAUCUGAUACUGAUGAUGUUCAGAUAUGUACAACAUAUCUAGUUGCACUUAUGUACAUAGUAAGUAUGUAAUAACUGUCUUUAUAUUGUAAAACGAGCAGCGGAGGUUUUUAAAUAGAAACUAAAUCCUCCGUUCAAAGCAUUGUCAUGAGAGGCAGUUUUACAUUAAUUGUAACUGUUUACUGAAAUAUAAUAUAUUUCUUGAUGGAAUUCUAGGCAGUUAACACAAACUAUUUUUAAAACUAUAUAUAAAAUUGUAUGCUGCAAUUUUUAUUUAGAAAUUAACAUUCACGCCUCGACUGAGGAAUACUAACUGCGGUUGGUCUCUCAUGCUUGUAGCUUUGAGCAACAAUAAAAGAUAAAAUAUUCAAACAUAUCAUACAAGUCUGACAGAAACAGCAUCCCUGCUUAGGAUACAACAUUUUCAACCUGGUGGUAAGCUGUUUAGUACCCUUUCACUCACUGUACCUUAUUUACAUUUUUAUUGGGUUGAAAUCUCAAGAGUUGUUUUACCAGGCAUCGCACUAGAGAGCCAUGGAAGUUUACAGUCCUUAUUCUGUGAUUUCUGAUAUAAUUUUCUAGUUAGAAAAUUGGAGUUAAGUUGAAAAAAAACAUUAUUCAGGCUGCUUUUGGCAAACAGUUGCCUGGUAAAUAUUUCACAAUGCCAAUUUGAACUCUAGUUACAGCGGCCAAAUAAGUUUACUAGCUAUGCUAUUUGGUGAAUCUUAGUAGUUGAAGAAUGUACAGCUCGAUUCACACACACACAAAUACAAAUGGGUGCAGUUAGGGGUUCUUAUCAAUAGGCAUAACAAUAUGUCACUGCAAUGAAACAAUUUAUCUGUACACAGAGCCUCCAUAUCCCAGGUAUACAGUACUGACUUUCUGUAUUACUGCCAGAUUAUAUACUGUUUAUGGUUUAGUUAUGUUGAAUGAUUCACUGUUAUAUUUCUUAAAAUACAACUAUUUGUUUAUGACCAUUGAGGGGAAAAUAAAGAAAUAUUUGGGAA